AUCCAGUGCCAUCUCAGUGGUGAAGAUUCUCAGAGUGUUAAGGGUACUUCGACCGUUAAGGGCCAUUAACAGAGCCAAGGGACUCAAGCAUGUCGUCCAGUGUGUGUUUGUUGCUAUCAAGACCAUUGGAAACAUUGUACUGGUCACCAUGCUGCUGGACUUCAUGUUUGCCUGCAUUGGAGUCCAACUUUUCAAAGGCAAGUUCUAUGAGUGCACGGAUCCUGACAAAAUGACUGAGGAAACAUGCAAAGGCUGGUAUAUAAGGUACCAGGAAGGAGCACUCCAUGAAAUGGAGGUCCAUGAGAGGCAAUGGACCAACUCAGGACUAAACUUUGACAACAUCCUCAACGGAAUGCUAGCCCUCUUCACCAUUUCUACCUUUGAAGGAUGGCCAAAGAUAUUAUAUAAAGCCAUUGAUUCCAACUUAGAAGAUAAAGGUCCAGUGUACAACAACCGAGUGGCCAUCUCGAUCUUCUUCAUCUUCUACCUCAUCCUUAUCGCCUUUUUCAUGAUGAAUAUAUUUGUUGGCUUCGUCAUUGUCACCUUCCAGGAGCAAGGAGAGCAGGAGUAUAAGAACUGUGAGCUUGACAAAAACCAG